AUGUCGGUGCGGAAAGUUGCGCUCGUGACAGGCGCGAACAAAGGCAUCGGGCUGGCGAUUGUGCGCGCGCUGUGUAAACAGUAUGACGGAGACGUAUACCUGACAGCGCGAGACGUGGGGCGCGGGACGGAGGCCGUUGAGGGUCUAAAAGCUGAAGGACUGGCGCCUCUGUUCCGCCAGCUGGAAAUCACGGACCCGAGCAGCGUGAGCGCGGCGCGAGACUUCUUUAAAGCGGAGUACGGAGGCGUGGACGUGCUCAUCAACAACGCGGGGAUCGCCUUCAAAAUGGCUGAUAAAACACCGUUUGGGAUCCAGGCUGAAGUUACACUCAGAACUAAUUUCUUCGCCACCAGAGAUAUGUGCAAUGUGUUCCUCCCUAUCAUCAAGCCAGGAGGCAGGGUGGUGAACGUUUCCAGCAUUAUGGGUUCCAUGGCUCUGAGCCGCUGCAGUCAGGACCUCCAGGCUCGCUUUCGCAGCGAUAACAUCACAGAGGAAGAACUGGUGGGGUUAAUGGAGGGAUUUGUGAAGGAUUCUCAGGAGGGCAUUCUCACCCAAAAAGGUUGGCCUGAGACAGCAUAUGGAAUCUCCAAGACCGGCCUGACCACCCUGACCAGGAUCCACGCCCGGAGACUGACGCAGGAGAGACCUGAGGAUGGGAUCCUGUGCAAUGCCUGCUGUCCAGGCUGGGUCAGGACCGACAUGACAGGGCCGAACGCCACAAAGUCUCCAGAUGAGGGCGCCAUCACUCCAGUCUAUCUGGCUCUUCUGCCAGCUGGGUCCAAGGAACCCCAUGGGCAGUUUGUGUCAGAAAAGAAAGUGCAGGCUUGGUAAUCAUGUACAUGUGCUUGCCCAUAAGCCACAUUCGUUCUAAAUGUGCGCAUAUAUUAUCUGUCUCUUUAAUGUGUUUAAGUUGCAGCUCCAGUGUGUUUUAGCUGCUGACUAUAGAUUAUACCACAUGGGGGUAGUUUACUGUUUUUCUGAGCUUUACUGAUACUUUAUCAUUAGAACACUCCUUGCUAUAAAAUAAACCAAAGUACAAUAUGUCAGUCUGAAUAGUUCACACAACCAGACCAACCAGAUUCAAGACAAAUUAACAUACAAUAAUGUCAUGAUUAGUACAUUUGUGCCUUAUUCUGUUUACAUUGAAUCUGAUUAGGAUUACAACCAUUUAUCAUGUUUAUCACUAAUUUAUACGAUAAUGAUUUAUGUUUAUGGUGUGACUAUAAAUGAAUAAAUAAAGAUUUUCACGUCUAUAUUCCUUUCAUUUUACAAGAUUUAUUGAAAAUCGAUUUCUUGUUUGAAUAAAAUUCUAUCCAUGGAUUCUGACCAUAAACAAAUAAAAGACUUUAAUAUAC